AUGGACCACAAUAGUCCAAUGCCGCCCCCGGCCACCACAGACGAGAGCUAUGGUGCGGUCAGCGACUCCGAGUCGCAGAAUCAUCUAGAGGUAUGGUCUAUCUCACCCCAGUUUGAAUUUCGCAACUCCCAACCUUUCCACACGCAGAUCGUCUUCUACCCCGACUCAAGCCACCGCCGCAAAUCCUCCUUGGUUACGAUGGACAAACCUCGGAUGAAGACCUCCCCCGCCGAUGCGCAAGACCGGACAACGGCCUGCUAUGUACAUUCUCUGCUUGCGAGCGAAUGGGCGACACCUCCACUGAAGGGUGCACCGCCCGAGGUAAUCCAGACACUGACGGAAAAUGAGCCUCCUAUUGAUGCAAAGGCCGUUGGCGAAGAUAACGUCGUCUCUGUCGUGGACGGUGAUAACAAGAUCUUGAAACCGGAACCGACAAUAAUUCAAUCUCGCCAUUUGACCAAGCGCCAACUCUCUGACAUGGCCUGGAACGUUCGGAAAUUGUCGAAGAAGCUGGGGAGCAUCAAGCUUAAGUUGACCGUGAAGAAUGUGUUUGUGGUGAGCAAGGUGUAUGAUGAGUCGCUGGUUAGCUUAACAAGAAAGGUGACAAAGUGGUUGCUUUCUAAAGAUCGCGAUGCACCUUACAAUGUGUAUGUGGAGCGUCGUUUGGAAACACACCCGGACUUCGGAACCCUACAACUCCUGCAGGACGAGCCGUCCGCGAAAGGGCGUUUGAGGUUCUGGGACUCGAAACUCGCCCAUGACCAGCCGCAUCUGUUCGAUUUCGUGAUUACCCUUGGUGGGGACGGCACUGUGCUCUACACUAGCUGGCUGUUUCAGCGAAUCGUCCCGCCGGUCUUGUCCUUCUCGCUGGGCUCUCUCGGUUUCUUGACCAACUUCGACUUCGCUGAUCAUACGAAAACCCUUGAGACCGCCUUCCGGGAAGGAGUUGUCGUGAGUCUUCGGCUCCGGUUCGAAUGCACCAUUAUGAGGAGCAAAGCUCGGGGGAAAGAUCCGCGUUCAGACUCUUUUGCAAAGCGAGAUCUCGUGGAAGAGUUGAUCGGCGAGGAAGGCGAGGAUACAUUAACGCAUACUCCGGAUCGAGUCUAUGAAAUCCUGAACGAUGUAGUACUUGACCGUGGACCAAACCCUACCAUGUCUCAAAUCGAAGUGUUCGGCGAUGACGAGCAUUUUACUACUUUGCUUGCCGAUGGAAUCUGCGUUGCCACUCCGACGGGGUCGACGGCGUACAACCUUGCUGCAGGAGGCUCCCUUUCCCACCCUGACAACCCAGUGAUCCUAGUCACCGCCAUAUGCGCCCAUACACUAUCUUUCCGACCAAUCAUUCUUCCCGAUACCAUAGUUCUUCGUAUGGGCGUUCCCUAUGAUGCGCGGACAAGCUCAUGGGCUAGCUUUGAUGGCCGAGAGAGAGUUGAGUUACACCCGGGCGACUACGUUACUGUGUCUGCCUCCAGAUACCCUUUCGCCAACGUUCUGCCUCCCGGACGACGCGGAGACGACUGGGUGCAAAGCAUCUCGAAGACCUUGAAUUGGAACUCCCGUACGAAACAAAAGGCCUUCAAAUAG